AAACUUGGAACUUCGAAGUGAAAAACACCCUUCACAUUACUGUCCUAAUUCCUCUACGAUCGAAAGAGAAAGAUGGCGGAGAUGGCUGUCGGCGGCGACAUUCCAACGAAUAACACAAUAUACAUCAACAAUUUGAACGAGAAAACAAAGCUUGAUGAGUUAAAGAAAUCGCUGCAAGCGGUGUUCUCACAAUUCGGCAAAAUCCUGGAGAUACUUGCGUUUAAAACCCUAAAACACAAGGGUCAAGCGUGGGUUGUUUUUGAGGAUGUUUCAUCUGCCACCAGUGCUCUCAAGCAGAUGCAGGGUUUUCCAUUCUACGACAAACCUAUGAGAAUACAAUAUGCUAAAACAAAAUCAGACGUGAUUGCAAAAUCAGAUGGGACUUUCGUACCUCGUGAAAGACGAAAGAGGCAUGAAGAAAAAGGAGGGAAGAGACGCAAAGGGCAACAUGAUGGUAAUCAAGCUGCAGUUGGUGUAAACCAAGGUUAUGGUGGUCCUCCUCCUUUAUCACAAAUACCAUACAUGGGUGGUGGAGCAAAAUCCGGGAUGCCAGAGGCACCGGCCCCACCUAACAGCAUCUUGUUUGUCCAAAAACUGCCUCAUCAAACAUCAUCCAUGAUGCUGCAAAUGUUGUUUGGGCAACACCAAGGAUUCAAAGAAGUAAGAAUGGUGGAAGCAAAACCAGGGAUUGCUUUUAUAGAGUAUGGAGAUGAGAUGCAGGCAACUGUUGCCAUGCAAAGCCUUCAAGGGUUUAAGAUUAAUCCUGAUAGCCCUAUGUUCAUCACUUAUGCUAAGAAAUAGAGUAGUAGCCACAUUUGCUUGUGUUUCAACUUUGAACUCAAAAGUGUAAGAUUUUUGUGUAUUCUAGAUUUUGUAGUCAAUUACUACUUUAUG